CGGGGCCCUCCCACGGGGGCGGACGGGGGAGGGCGGCGGCGCCUUUAAGAGACGCCCCGCCCCCGGCGCGGCGCGCGCACUGAUUGGCUGAGGCGGGCGGAAGCGGCGGCGCGACCACGUGCGCGCGGAGCGAUGGCGCGAGCGCUGCGCGCACUGCGCGGGGCGGCGGGAGCGGGGUCUGGGCCCGGUCUUGGGCCGGAACGGGGGCCGCGAGUGCGGUUCGGGCCCAGCCCCACAGGUUUUCUGCAUUUGGGUGGCCUUCGGACUGCUUUGUACAAUUAUAUCUUUGCCAAAAAACACCGAGGGACCUUUAUUUUGAGAGUGGAGGAUACAGAUCAGAAUCGGGUGGUACCCGGAGCUGCAGAAGGAAUAGAAGAUAUGUUGGACUGGGCAGGUAUCCCCCCCGACGAGAGCCCGUGCCGAGGCGGCCCCCGCGGUCCGUACGUGCAGUCGCUGCGGCUGGAGCUGUACCGAGGUGCCAGCGCGGCGCUGCUGGAGAGCGGGGCUGCCUAUCGCUGCUUCUGCACCCCCCAGCGCCUGGAGCUGCUCCGCAGGGAGGCCCUGCGCUGCCAGCACACCCCGCGAUAUGACAACCGGUGUCGGCACCUGACGCCCGCGGAAGUGGCCCAGAAGCUGUCACAGGGCCUCGACUACGUUGUCCGCUUCCGGCUGGAGAAGGGCGUGGAACCCUUCCAGGACCUGGUCUAUGGCUGGAACAAGCACGAGGUGGCUGAGGUGGAAGGCGACCCCGUGAUUCUCAAGGGGGACGGGUUCCCCACGUACCACCUGGCAAACGUGGUGGAUGACCACUACAUGGGCAUCACCCACGUGCUGCGCGGGACCGAGUGGCUGACCUCAACCUCCAAGCACCUGCUUCUCUACAAAGCCUUUGGCUGGGAGCCCCCUCAGUUUGGGCACCUCCCGCUGCUGCUGAACAAGGACGGUGGGAAGUUGUCCAAGAGGCAAGGGGACAUCUUCCUGGAGCGCUUUGUUCGGGAUGGCUUCCUGCCAGAGGCACUGCUGGACAUCGUCACCAACUGCGGCUCGGGGUUCACAGAGAAGCAGAUGGGGAGGACUUUGGAAGAGCUGAUCUCACAGUUUGAAAUAGGCAGAAUUACCACCCAUUCUGCCCUCCUGGAUCUUGAAAUGCUCCCAGAAUUCAACAGGAUUCACCUCACCCGUCACAUCGAGAACGAAGGGCUGCGCCAGAGGCUCGUUAGGGAGCUGCAGGAGCUGGUGAAGCACAUCUAUGGGGAUCAGCAAGUGGAUCCAGAGGUUCUGGAAAGGGAAUACGUGGAGCGAGUCCUUCUGCUGAGAAAAGGUCACAUCAGCCUCCUGAAGAAUCUGGUGUCGAGUGAUUACUCUUACCUGUGGGUCAGGCCUUCUGUGUCCCGACAGCAGCUGCAAAUGAUUUCUGCAGAAGUAGAUGAAAUAGGAAAACUAGUCUUAGGGCUCGUGACAAGGCAGGCAGCUGCCUUGACCGUGGAGGAGUUGAACAAAGACCUCAGAAACCUCCAGAAGCAAACCAGAGAGACCAAGUACAGCAGCAUGAUGCAGCUCCUCCGCUUGGCACUCAGUGGGCAGCAGGUACAAACGAGAGCAUGGGCCGAGCGUUGCUGAGAUGAUGGUGACUUUGGGAGCCAAGGAAGUGAGUGGCCGGAUCCACAGAGCACUGUCCAGCUGAGUGGCCGGAUCCACAGAGCACUGUCCAGCUGAGUGGCCGGAUCCACAGAGCACUGUCCAGCUGAGUGGCCGGAUCCACAGAGCACUGUCCAGCUGACGGGACCGUGGUGACACUGCCAGGCUGCUCUCGGAUGGCACAGGAGCACAUGUCAUUGUCCUCCACCUGUGGUUUUGAUCUCAGCACGAUUAUCUCUGGUCAGUUGAGCUGGGCUUUAGAUCAGGCAGGUGUCCAUGCUGUUUCCAGGUCUGUUUGUACCUGCACUAAGCACAAACCACUUUGUCUGGAAGAGAAACCAAAUCCAAAUUCAGCUGCGUCCUGCUGUCACCUUGUGCACGGAGCCUGGUUUGUACAGGGAGCCUGGUUUCCAGGGUGGGAGAAAAAGACAUUUAUCAGCAUUUAAAUUCAGACCACGUGGACAGGAAGUAACUGCUGAUAGCAGCAGAUGAGUCUCUUUUUGGAGAUAGCUUCACAAUCAGGGUACCUACAGCUACGACAACACAGGUCCCCAGUAAAUGCUGUGUGGGGAAGGUAUUUUUAUAUAUAGAAAUAUAUAUAUAUUUGAGCUUCUGCCUUCUUAGCUGCCAUGGUGUCCUGCCAAGCUAAGUGAGCUGCUUGGAGAAGGGAACUUUCCUCCCUGUGUACUGUGUCAUAUGCGUGGUUCUGCUAAAAAUAUCCCCGAUCCAGAGAUUGGAAUGUCUUUUCCUCUUUUGUCUGAUGCCCUUUUAAUUAUUAAAUUAAUGUGGUAACUUUU